AUGUCCAAGCAGAGCAUUGUCGUAGUCGGUGGUGGAGGCGCCGGUGCCGAUAUCGCCAGGCGACUCUCCGCCAAGCUAGACAUCACCAAGCACAGUCUCACCCUCGUCACCUCGCGUCCUUUCUCGGUAUUCCUUCCAGCUCAGUUGCGCACCGUCGUAUCCGACCGUGGCAACCUCGAGAAAACGAGCUUCAUUCCUUACGACAAGCUAUUCAUCAACAACAAUGGCACCGUGAAGGUCGGAAAGGUCUCCGCGGUUGAGCCCAACACUGGUGCAAAGGGCGGUUCCAUCGUCUUGGAGAACGGAGAGAAGAUACAUUACGAUAUUCUGGUACUCGCUCCCGGAUCCGUCUGGGAAGGGCCUCUUGCGUAUCCAGACGACCCGGAGCAGAUCAAGGAGCAUCUCGCUUUUUGGCGUUCGAAGUUCGCGGAAUCUAACCACGUUGUGCUCGCUGGAGGAGGUGCGGUCGGGGUGGAACUGGCGGGAGAGAUCAAGGACGUGUGGCCGAAAAAGAAGGUCACUAUAGUUCAAGGCUCCGAAGAGUUGCUCAACCCGACGUAUCCCAGAAAGUACCGUGCCUUUAUAGAGAAGCAAAUUCGCGCGCGCAAUAUAGAUAUUGUAUUCGGCGAUUUCAUCGACGAAAUACCCGCUGUCGGAUCGACGACUAUAACCACCCGCAAUGGCAAGACGUUCGAAGAUGUCCUGGUGGUACCCACUCGCGGUGGUCGCCCCAAUACCGCGUUCCUUGCCUCGUCUUUGGGCAAUCAGGUCCUGAACGAACAGGGCCAAGUCAAAGUUCGGCCAUCGUUGCAACUCUCAGCCUACGACGACGUCUUCGCUGCUGGCGACAUCAUAGACUGGAAAGAACAGAAACAACUCGCGAAAUAUCCGGUGCAUGCGGGCGUUGUUGCUGCCAACAUCCUCUCGAUCCUAUCAGGCCAAUCGCCCACGAAGGUUUAUAAGGGCACUUUCGAAUUGAUCGUACUCACCAACGGCGCGAACGGUGGCGCCGGGUACUUUGACGUUCUCUGGGGUAUCGUUCUUGGCAAUUGGUUUGCAAAGUUGGUAAAAUCCAAGGGGCUCAUGAUCGACAUGAAGAGGAAGGAGCUAGGUUUGUAG